GGGCGACUAGUACGAGAGCGUCUGGUGUAUUAUCUGCUCAGUCCCUUGAAGCUUCCAGUAUAUUCCUCCUUACCGUUUUGUAUGCUAACUCGUAGUUUGCUAAUAAAUACCUCUUUGCUUCCUACUUUGUCGUUCCAGGAAUCCCACAAGAUGCAGUCAUUACUUCGCUGGGGUAUCGAGCACUCAACGGAUGCCAAUGGCAAUCCGACGCCACCUGCAGAAACUCGAAAGGAUCUCGAUCCUGCUAUUAUUGACGAGAUAUUAGGCAGGCCAGAUUCGGAGCUGCUGAAAGAGAAUCUUGCGAUCGCUCUCGACGAGAAGCGAGAGCUAGAUGAUCGACUUCAGGCAUUGGACAAUUUCGAAAUGCUCAUUGAACAUAUUGACAAUGCAAACGACUUGGAAAAGCUCAAAAUGUGGGAACCACUACACAACCUCUUGACGUCGGAUUCUUCGGACGACGAGAUCAAGAGGCUGGUGUUGUGGAUCGUGGGGACAGCGGUACAAAACAAUCCCUCUGCUCAGACCUCGUAUCUCGCAUUAUCACCGAUUCCCGCCUUACUUUCGUUCCUUUCACCAUCCAUCAUUUCAUCCAAAACUCGAUCAAAGGCUGUAUAUGCGUUGUCCGGCCUGUUGAAGCACAACGCCGCGGCUGUGCAUCAAUUGCACGACGCUGACGGCUGGGAGGUUCUAAAAAGCGCACUCGAAGACUCCGACAUCACAGUUCGAAGAAAAGUGGCGUUCUUGCUGAACAGCCUGCUUAUUCCAAACGAAUCCGAACAACAAGCGGCAGCAGCAGCAGCAGCUAUCCCUACCCUAGCUCCAAGCACGUCCAAUGCACCCCCUAGCUCCGCAACCUCAAUAAUGCUGCACCCGUCGGCAACCUCAUCUCCUGACUCCACAAGUACUAAUGUCCGUCCGCCGGAAACCGUGAACGUAGUUCAUCCGAAUUCGCACGCAUCGAUGUCAGCGGACCUCGGCUUCUUCUCAACCUCUGCGGAUACAAGAAAGGCAUUAGAGGAGAAAGGUAUCUUGAAGACAUUAAUUGAUGGGAUUGUUUCGCCGGUCCCGCAUGGGCCUGACGGCGAGACAGAGGGUGAUUUGGACUUUGAGCAGAAGGUCAUCAGGUAAUGUUCUGAGCACAUAUCUGGUCUCGCUCCAUGGUCAGUUACCGGCCGACCAGAAAGCAAAACUUGCACGGUUUGUGAGGGAGCAUAGUGAUCAGGCAGGCGGUGAUGUACACUUGGGGGAGAAGUGGGGUGUGGCAACUGAGGAUAUUGUGAGCCUGGGGCGGGCUCUGACAUGAAAUAAUGGUCUCAUGUGCUGUAUGGGUUGAUGUUCUACUACUUACUAGGUUCAGUAAUUAUGUAUGUGAGUAUCACUCUGCUAUCCAUGAGAGAAAUAGUACAAUAGACAUACAGCCAGGAUAGGUAUGAACUGUCUCAGAUAACGAAGGGUAGAAUACUGCAAAGAGGGAGUAGUGAAAAGAUGGAAAGAGAACAAGUGGCAGAUACAAUAAAUAAUAUAUAGAGUGAGAACCAUUGGAGAAUAUAGAUUACUAAGUUUCAGAGAAAAUAGUGAAGUGAAGAAUAUAGAUAAAGAGCAGAACAAUAUGUGAUAGAUAUAGACCAUAUUCAUAGGAACCUCAGCAAUAUCAGCAGAAAUGGGUUCUUCAUGGUUUUGAGUAUCAGAGGAUCUGUAUUACUGAUCCUGAGUAUUGCAAAGACAAAUAAGAUAAAAAUGCAAUC